AUCGUAAUGUGCAAUGUAAAGUUUAUUUGUGGACGGAGGGAGUAUGUUUUUUAUUUCAAAAUGAAUAUAUACCACCUGCUGUAACGGGCUCGUUAACUCCUGGUAGAAAUCUCUGCCAAAAGGUCCAAAGACUAGUGACGGAGUAUCUUCCAUGAACUGCCCCUUCCAUUUCCCCUCUGUUUACCAUGCCGGUAACCAGCCGGAACGCCGUCGGUUCUAUGUCCUCUACCGCCGUCACAAUAACAAGCCUCCACCCUAUCGUUUCUCUCCAUCAUCUCCCCGUCGUCGCCACCACCGCCGUCGCCUCCUCCAUAAAUUCUUUCCCGAUUACUCAACCGGAUUCGGCCCCUCCUCUUCUCCGUUCGGUAAAAGCCUCAAGUUAACCCCGGCAGUCCUCAGCGUACCUACCCGGCCCCUCCAUCGCUUCAGGGAUGUUAUUGAGUCCAAGCUCGGUGAAUUCCUUGACUCGGGCCGCAAGGCCGUGGAGGACCUGCAGACUCUUGUUCUGGUUGAUGAUUCGACCGGGGAGGUGGUGAUAUCCUGCAGCAGGUCCACGGUUCAAUUCCUAGGCACUAUAUUCCUUUCCAGUAUCAUUAUUCAUAUCACUAUUAGGGGUUUAAGUAAAUUAGUAGCUUUAGGGUUUCGAAAAAAUCACUCAGCAGGCAAUGCCCAAUUGGUGUACAAAAGGGAUCGGAGUUUAUCUGGAAGAGAAGUCUUGGUUGCAAAGAGGGAGGGAACUGAUGUUAGGACUUACACCAAUAGAGUUAACAUGCUUCAAAGUAUCGAUGCCGAGGGCAAUGAAAUAUUGGGUUCUUUAGACCAGGUUAGAGGAAAGAGGUCAUCUAAAAGAAGUAGUUCUGUGACAAGAUUGCCCAAAUGGUGGCCGGCCUUCACUGAUUCCUGCCAAGGACCGAUGGAGUAUCAGGAGGAGAAUCAGAGAAUUGCCAACAAAUUGGUUCGAGCCAUAUUGGACAAUAGAAUGAGCGGAAGGGAUGUUUUGGAGAAUGAUAUUAUUCAAUUACGACAAAUAUGCAAACCAUCUAAAGUGAGGGUCUCUUUUUCCACUGAACAUGCUCGAGAUUCUCUCUAUCGUACAUCCGUUGAUUAUGUUCUGAACUUCUGUGAAAGUACAGUGAAUCAACUGGGACCUAUUCACAUUGAUGGUGAAGAUGUGCAGAAGUUCAUUGCAGGACUUGCAGAUAAUAUUGACAUUGAGAACACUAGAGCUGCAAGAAUGGUGUCUGCGGCUGUUGCUGCACGUACUAGGUCCAGGCUUUUGCAGGCAUGGGACUAAUUCAUGCGACUAUGCGAGUCUUCAACUUCUAGAAUUGGAUGCAUGUAACGUCUCCACCAUAUGCUGGGUGCAUUCACUAUCAUCCCAUACAUGACUUUAUCACAUUUCCAGUUAUGCAAUUCCUAGUAAUUCAGUUUUCAGAUUAAAUACUUAAUCCAAUUGAGGCCUAGUGUCUAUGGCUCUAUUCCUCCAAUUCUAAGCUCUUUAAAUUUCUUAAAGCCGCAAUAAUUCUCCAACUUGUCAAUAUCUCAAACUAGCACACAAGCACUUAUUCAUCAUGUGCACUUUGAGAGUAUUGUAGAACAAUGACGAGAUUAUUAAAUAUUACAUGUAACUAUUUGACUGAUGUAACUAGAAUUUCACCCACAUCUACUCACAAAAUUUCAGGCCCUUGAAAUGCAGAGCAAACAUGUAGGAGCUGUUGAUGAACUUAGAAAAAUAUGUUUCAUUCACAAGAUAUUCCCCCCUGAGGAGUGCUCGGCUGAGAUGGAAAUGGUUGGUCGAGGCCUUCAAAAGCACUUAAAUGUAGACCAAAGGAAAUUUCUAUUGAACAUGUUCAGAGGAAUUUGUGGUGAAAAUUCUGAUAGAGGUGUGGCCGAAGCUCUGGGUCUCUCUCUGGAUGAUGCUGUUUCUCAACAAGUAGCCAAUGAUUCCAUGAAUGAUUGUACAUAACUACAUUUCAAAUGUGAUAUGCAUUUUGGUUUUAGUACUUUUUUUGCUGAUACAAUUUAAUAAUAACCAAUCUUAUUG